GAGAGCGAAGCGUGAACGAAUACCAGGCGCAAAUACACUUGUGAGCGAAAAAGCCGAAGGGUGUCACCUAUUGAGGAACGACGCCGUUUCACCCCAGCCCACAAACCAGACCAACCCUCCCUCCAUUUAAUUUAUAUGGCCAAAGAUGAAAAAGCACACAGGCCAGUGAUGAAAAGAAGGGGCAUUUGGGAGCUCUCUGGUUCAAACUUGUAGGAAAUCUGAGAGAGAGAGAAAGAGAGAGAGAGAGGUAGCUUAAAGGGUGGGUCUCAAUGGGGGAGCAGAGGAACCGGUGGAACUGGGAGGUGAGCGGGUUCGAGCCGAGGAAAACGACGUCGGACGAUCUCAAGCCUGGUGCUCCGCUGGUCCGGAGGUACUCGAUCUCGGCAGCAUCGGCGCUGGCCCAUUCGGAGCUGACGAAGCCCUCGGUGGCCUCCAAGGUCCAGCAAUUGAAGGACAAAGUUAAGCUUGCAAGAGAAGAUUUCUUGGAGUUGAGACAAGAAGCAAAUGAGCUGCAGGAAUACUCAAAUGCAAAACUUGAUCGAGUUACACGUUAUUUAGGUGUUCUUGCUGAGAAAACCCGUAAACUAGAUCAAGUUGCCCUUGAAACUGAGGCUAGAAUUUCUCCUCUGAUCAAUGAAAAGAGAAGGUUGUUUAAUGACUUGUUGACAGCCAAAGGAAAGAUAAGGGUAUUUUGCCGCACAAGACCAUUGUUUGAAGAUGAAGGUCCCUCUGUUGUUGAAUUCCCUGAUGAUUGCACUAUCCGCGUCAAUACUGGUGAUGAAACCAUUUCCAACCCCAAGAAGGAUUUUGAAUUUGACAGAGUUUACGGACCUCAUGUCGGACAAGCGGAACUGUUCAGGGAUAUUCAGCCACUGGUGCAGUCAGCUUUGGAUGGAUAUAAUGUUUCUAUAUUUGCUUAUGGACAAACCAACUCUGGAAAAACACACACAAUGGAAGGAUCCAGUCAUGAUCGUGGUUUAUAUGCUCGCUGUUUUGAGGAGUUGUUUGAUCUAGCCAACUCAGAUUCGACUUCCACUUCGCGAUUCAAAUUCUCUGUUACAGUUUUUGAGCUCUACAAUGAACAGGUCAGGGAUUUGCUUUCCGAAUCUGGGACCAGUUUACAAAAAGUUCGAAUGGGAUCACCGGAGUCUUUUGUAGAGCUUGUGCAGGAAAAAGUUGAUAAUCCAUUGGAAUUCUCUCGAGUCUCAAAAGCUGCUUUUCAGGGCCGGGGGGAAGAUAUAUCAAAGUUUAAUGUUUCUCACCUGAUAAUCACAAUGCAUAUAUAUUAUAACAAUUUUAUCACUGGAGAGAACUCGUACAGCAAGCUCUCUCUUGUAGACUUGGCUGGAAGUGAAGGUUCAAUUGUGGAAGAUGAUAGUGGGGAGCGUGUGACGGACCUGCUGCAUGUUAUGAAAUCACUUUCAGCGUUGGGGGAUGUAUUGUCGUCUUUGACUUCAAAGAAGGAUGUGGUACCUUAUGAAAAUUCAAUGCUUACGCAGAUACUUGGAGACUCACUAGGUGGAAGUUCGAAAACUUUGAUGAUUGUUAAUGUAUGUCCAAAUGUAAAGAAUCUGUCUGAGACAUUAUCAUCUCUGAAUUUCUCUGCCAGAGCCCGAAAUUCCGUGCUAAGCCUUGGAAAUCGAGAUACAAUUAAGAAAUGGAGAGAUGUUGCAAACGAUGCACGUAAAGAGUUGUAUGAAAAGGAAAAGGAGAUCGAAGAUCUGAAACAAGAGGUUUUGGGACUGAAACAAGCUCUUAAAGAUGCAAAUGAUCAGUCUGUCCUACUCUUUAACGAAGUUCAAAAGGCGUGGAAAGUUUCUUUUACACUGCAGUCAGAUCUAAAGUCAGAGAAUAUUAUGCUGGUGGAUAAACAUAAGAUUGAGAAGGAGCAAAAUGCUCAGCUUAGAAAUCAAGUUGCUCAACUAUUACAGUUGGAGCAAGAUCAAAAACUGCAGAUACAACAGCGAGACAUGACAAUUCAGACUUUGCAGGUCAAAAUUAAAAGCAUUGAAUCACAACUCAAUGAAGCUCUUCAUUCCGCUGAAGCCAGGUCAACUGGCUCAGAAGGACCUGGAGUUUUGUCUCCCAAGGCAAUUGGGGAUGGCAUAGAUUCUUCAGCAGUGACAGUGACCAAGAAACUUGAAGAGGAACUCAAAAAACGUGAUGCACUGAUUGAGAGAUUGCAUGAAGAAAAUGAGAAAUUAUUUGAUAGAUUAACAGAGAAAGCAUCUUUGAUUGGAUUGGCCCAGACUGAAACUACAGGGGUCCAAUUGGAAGCUUGUGCUCAAACUGACCAGGAUGCAUCAAGUCCAUUAUCCAGAGGGAUGGUGAAUGUUCAGCAUCGGGACCAGGGGAGGAUUGAUAAUAGUAACUAUAGUAAAGGACAUUCUAUGGAUGUUAUUCCUUCGCCAUUGGCAGCAGAUAAGACUGAUGGGACAGUUGCUUUGGUGAAAUCGGGCUCUGAGAAAGCUAAAACAACCCCAGCAGGAGAGUAUCUUACUGCUGCCUUGAAUGACUUCGAUCCUGAACAAUAUGACAGCCUUGCUGCCAUUUCAGAUGGGGCAAACAAGCUUUUGAUGCUGGUUUUGGCUGCAGUGAUUAAAGCAGGUGCCACUAGAGAGCAUGAAAUACUUGCUGAAAUUAGAGAUGCUGUUUUCUCUUUUAUCCGUAAAAUGGAACCGAAGAGGGUCAUGGAUACCAUGCUUGUUUCCCGUGUUAGAAUUUUGUAUAUUAGAUCUUUGCUUGCUAGAUCACCAGAACUGCAGUCCAUUAAGGUUUCUCCUGUUGAGUGGUUUUUAGAAAAGGCUAAUAGCGGACGCAGUAGGAGCUCCAGCCGGGGCAGCAGUCCAGGAAGAUCUCCUGUGCACCAUGUUGAUGAGCAGAUCCACGGUUUUAAAGUGAAUCUAAAACCGGAAAGGAAGUCCAAGUUCUCAUCAGUUGUUCUAAAAAUACGAGGGAUUGAUCAGGAUAGUUGGAGGCAGCAGGUAACUGGUGGAAAGCUUAGGGAAAUACAGGAGGAAGCCAAAAGUUUUGCAAUUGGAAACAAAGCUCUUGCUGCUCUCUUUGUCCAUACUCCAGCAGGCGAGCUGCAGCGCCAAAUUAGAUCUUGGCUGGCAGAGAGCUUUGAAUUUCUGUCUGUUACUGGAGACGAUUUAUCAGGGGGGGCAACAGGUCAGUUGGAGCUUCUUUCAACAGCAAUUAUGGAUGGUUGGAUGGCUGGACUUGGUGCUGCGCUGCCUCCCAGUACAGAUGCUCUGGGACAGCUUUUGUUUCAGUAUGCAAAGAGGGUCUACACUUCUCAAUUGCAGCACUUGAAGGAUAUUGCUGGUACCUUGGCAGCAGAAGAGGCAGAAGAUGCAGCACAAGUGGCUAAGCUGCGUUCGGCUCUAGAGUCUGUUGAUCACAAAAGAAGAAAGCUUUUGCAACAAAUGAGAAGCGAUAUAGCCUUAUUAACAUUGGAAGAUGGUGCUUCGCCUAUUCAGAAUCCUUCUACUGCAGCCGAAGAUGCACGAUUAGCAUCUCUCAUUUCCCUAGAUGGCAUAUUGAAGCAAAUCAAGGAUAUAAUGAGGCAAUCCUCUGUUAGCACCUUGGGCAAAAGUAAGAAGAAAUCAAUGCUUGCAUCUUUAGACGAACUUAUGGAACGGAUGCCUUCCCUUCUUGAUAUUGAUCAUCCAUGUGCUCAGAGGCAAAUUGCUGAUGCUCGUCGUGUGAUUGAGACAAUUCCUGAAGAAGAUGACCAGGUUCAAGAGACAGCACAUUCUCACAAACCAUCUGCAGAUUUGGGGUCUGGUACAGAAACCGAUGUGGCUCAGUGGAAUGUCUUGCAGUUUAACACCGGCUCAACAACCCCAUUUAUAAUUAAGUGUGGGGCAAACUCGAAUUCAGAACUGGUUAUUAAAGCAGAUGCUCGGGUUCAGGAACCGAAAGGCGGUGAGAUAGUACGAGUCGUUCCUAGACCAUCCGUUUUGGAAAAUAUGAGCUUGGAAGAGAUUAAACAAGUGUUCUCCCAACUCCCUGAGGCUCUAAGCCUGCUUUCGCUUGCAAGGACUACUGAUGGAACUCGAGCUCGUUAUUCUAGACUAUACAGAACCUUGGCCAUGAAAGUUCCAUCGCUGAGGGAUCUAGUUGGGGAGCUUGAAAAGGGGGGAGUACUGAAAGAUGUGAGGUCGUGAAUGCAGAGUUCGUGUUUGUGAAAUUAUUUAAAUUUAAUGCCUUCUUGUUAGAUGAUUGUCUCGGGCGAGGUCUGUGUUUAUAUCAUUUUGGGGGGUUUGUCUAAACCGUUGGGCAUUGUGUAAUUUAUUUAUUCUGUGCUUUGUAACUGUUACAUAUCCACGAGUCGAUCUGUGAACCAUUGCUGAUAUUUGUAGCAAUUUUGUGUAAAUUAUUGAAGCUUCUUUUGCGAUACA